AUGAACAAGACAAAGUCCUUCCAGCUACAAGGAGCUUAUGUUUUAGUGGGGAAGACAGACAAUAAACCAAUUUUUCAGAGAGCGCAGCGCGAGCGGCAGGCCAGAGAGCGGCCCGCGCGCCUUCCCGCCGCCGCCUCCCGGAGCCUGCUUGUGCCGUCGCGCGCCAGGCCCGCGGCGGCCGGGACCCGCGAAAAGAGUCUCAUCGUGGAAGGCAAGAGGGAAAAGAAGAAAGUAGAGAGGUUGACAAUGCAAGUCUCUUCCUUACAGAGAGAGCCAUUUACAAUUGCACAGGGAAAGGGACAGAAACUUUGUGAAAUUGAAAGGAUACAUUUUUUCUUGAGUAAGAAGAAAACGGAUGAACUUAGAAAUCUACAUAAACUGCUUUACAACAGACCAGGCACAGUGUCCUCAUUAAAGAAGAAUGUGGGUCAGUUCAGUGGAUUUCCAUUUGAAAAAGGAAGUAUCCAAUAUAAGAAGAAGGAAGAAAUGUUGAAAAAAUUUAGGAAUGCCAUGUUAAAGAGCAUCUGUGAGGUUCUUGAUUUGGAGAGAUCAGGUGUAAAUAGUGAGCUGGUGAAGAGGAUCUUGAAUUUUUUAAUGCAUCCGAAGCCUUCUGGCAAACCGUUGCCAAAGUCUAAAAAAACUUCUAGCAAAGGCAGCAAAAAGGAACGGAACAGUUCUGGAAUGGCAAGGAAAGCUAAGCGAACUAAAUGUCCUGAAAUUCUGUCAGAUGAGUCUAGCAGUGAUGAAGAUGAAAAGAAAAACAAGGAAGAGUCUUCAGAUGAUGAAGAUAAAGAAAGUGAAGAGGAGCCACCAAAAAAGACAUCCAAAAGGGAAAAAGCUAAACAGAAAGCCACUCCUAAAAGUAAAAAAUCUAUAAAAAGUGCUAACGUUAAGAAAGCAGAUAGCAGCACCACCAAGAAGAAUCAAAACAGUUCCAAAAAAGAAAGUGAAUCUGAGGAUAGUUCAGAUGAUGAACCUUUAAUUAAAAAAUUGAAGAAACCUCCAACAGAUGAAGAGUUAAAGGAAACAGUAAAGAAAUUAUUGGCCAAUGCUAACUUGGAGGAAGUCACAAUGAAGCAGAUUUGCAAAGAGGUGUAUGAAAAUUAUCCUGCUUAUGAUUUAACUGAAAGAAAAGAGUUCAUAAAAACAACUGUUAAAGAGCUAAUUUCUUGAGAUGGAGGACAGAGACCGAUGACUUGUUCUCAUGGAUUUAAAGAUCUGAUUUAUACCAUUAUACCAGCAAAGAGAAUGUAUUUCCUUUUCUAAAUCCUUGCAAGCAUUGUGUUGGUAGAACUUCCUGCUGACCUUUUUAUCUUGAGUGUUAGGUAAAUUUGAGUUUGCAGUUUUAAAUUGCAUUUCUAUGCAGUUUUCAGUUUAAAAUUUUGCAUGGCAGUAAUUAUUCCUUGCUUUUAUAGUUGUAUUUUGUACAUUUUGGAUUUCUUUAUAUAAGGUCAUAGAUUCUUGAACUGUUGUAGUUUUUAGUGCGCUUAAUAUUAGCUUGUUUAAGACAUACUUUUAAUCAAGUAGAACAGAAACUAUUAUAACUGGCAUUUAUACAUGCAGAGAGUAUUACAGUAUUUAGUAUAUGAAAUAUUUUGAAUACACAUCUCUCAGUGUAAAAACUCAGUGGGAGUGUGUUCAUCAUAUUAAAAAUAUACGAGCUUUAGCAGUCCAGAUGACUAAAUUGGAACUUUUCUCCUGCAUGUGUAUAUAUGUCAGAUUGUCAGCAUGACAAAAGUGACAGAUAUUAUUUUUGUAUUUUUAAAAACAAAUUUGUUGUAUAUAAAGUUUUUUUAUUUCUUUUGUGCAGAUCAAUUUUUAAACUCAUAGAGGUAGGUAUCUUUACAGUUAAAAACUAUGAAAUGUCAGUGUUCAGCCAGAUGGUAUGAUGGAGCAGUGAAAGUCAGAAUUCAGUGAAGAAAACGCUGAAGGAACUGAUAGUUCUCUGCUUUGCCUUGAAAGUGUCAUCAAUUUGUAGUUUUAGUGUUAACUCUGCAAGUGUCUGUAGAUACAUUUUAUAUAGGGGCUAGACCAAAAUCACACAUCAGAACUUCACCAAUUUGAGAAAGAGUGAGAUUAAGUAUAAGCACAUUUGGCUUAUAGUGAACUGAUUUUUAUUAACUGCUUUUGCCCAUAUAAAAUGCUGAUAUUUACAGGAAACCUGGCCAUCUUUAUAAUUAUGGUAAAAGUACCAGGUACAAUGACCGAAGAAGAUAACGUGUAGGCAAUAGUGGAUAUCUUGACAAAGUAUUUCUCAAAAGUGAUAAUAGACUUAUUUUUAACAUUAAAGAAAUGUAAUGUAUUUGUGGAAUCAGGGCUGUGGGGUUUUAAAUUUUGUCCAAUCAAGAUUGUAGGUGAUCAACAUAUGGAUCCCUCCUGAAAAAGAAUAAUUUUGUCUUUUAAAUUGACUGUCUUAAUCAGUUAUUAAAUCUCUGAAUUUUAAAAUAAAACAUGCUGCUUAUGAGAGAAUUAGGCCUUUAACAAACCAAUUGAGUGUUUAAGAUAAAAAUAUCUUUGCAUCAUAGAAAUGAUCUAUGUUGACCAUUAGGUAUUUUCACAGGUUUGAUUGUCUCUUGGUAAAGUUGCUAAGACAUUGGAGAAAUGGUAUAGUUAAUACAAAUGAAUGGAAUGAAAAACAGACUUAAGAAUUGGCCUUUGAUUUUAAAUAUUUAAUUUGUUCUUAUAAACCUUGUCAAUAAAAAUAAUAAACCAGUGAU